UUCCGAUUUCAAAAUUACUAAUACAUAUCCAUAUUUGAAAACGGAAGAAGAAACAGAAUCAUGAUAGUUGAUGUGAUUUGUUUUUUUUGUUUCUCUUUUUCCGGAUCCUCACCGAAUCACCAAUUCCACGGAGAAAAAAACUUCACAUUUUCAAAUCGAUUAAAGCCGCCACCCACCUUAGUUUUUAGAGAAAAAAAAACCCUUUGAAAAUUUCAUUUGAAUUCAGUCUUCCAUCUUCUUAUAUUAAAAAUUUUUCACCAACCCCAAAAACUGUACAGAUUCAUUGAAAAGCAACGAUCAUCAACCACCUUAGUAUCGGUGGCUUCCUUUUUAGACUUCCCCUUUGCUUAUUUUCUACUAAAUUACACCAUUUUCGCAACUGUUCAUGUUUUUUUUCUCCCACCUACCGAGUUUCAAGAUCAUUUUUCUUUGAUUAUUAUAGUUUCAUACAAAUUUGGCUUUCUGGGUCGUUUCGGGAUUCGCAUUUAAGAGUCUUGAGCGAUUAGUGUUCUUAUUUUAUAAGAGCCGUGAAGGAAUUAGUCUCUUUCACGACUUGCACUUCUCUGAUUGUGCUUGUUUUUGUUGUCUAAUAUCUGGGUUUUUGUUGUUUUUCGAUCAUGAUCUCUUCUUUAACUCAAUCUGCGAAAUCCAUUAAUGGGUCCGACGUGAUUCUCCGGCGGAGUUCUCCGGUGCCAAUUAGGCGGUUUUCGUGUUCACCUUCAUUGCCGGCGCAAAAACCCCACAGCUCGGUUGUGUGCGUGAAAAAUGCUCUUCAUAUCUCAUCGGUUUCCAAUUUUGGGACGUUGGGAACUCGGAAGAGUGAUUUCAAUGCGUGCAAAGCGUACGAGGCUGACCGAUCGCAGCCGAUUGAGUCGAACAUUGAACUGACUGUGGCCGACCAGCCGUCUGAGGCGGCGAAGAAGGUGAAGAUCGGACUGUAUUUUGCUCUUUGGUGGAGUUUGAACGUUGUGUUCAACAUUUACAAUAAGAAGGUUUUGAAUGCGUAUCCAUAUCCAUGGCUAACCUCCACACUUUCUCUUGCUGUUGGUUCUCUCAUCAUGUUAGUCUCUUGGAUGACGAGGGUCGCUGAGGCUCCCAAGACUGAUUUCGAGUUUUGGAAAUCUUUGUUCCCUGUUGCUGUGGCCCACACAAUUGGUCAUGUAGCUGCAACAGUGAGCAUGUCAAAGGUUGCUGUCUCAUUCACCCAUAUUAUCAAAAGUGGUGAGCCUGCAUUUAGCGUAUUGGUUUCAAGGUUCCUGUUGGGUGAGACUUUCCCUAUUCCUGUCUACCUCUCUCUUCUCCCGAUCAUCGGUGGUUGUGCUCUUGCUGCCGUGACUGAGCUCAACUUCAAUAUGAUAGGUUUCAUGGGAGCCAUGAUAUCAAACUUGGCAUUUGUCUUCAGAAACAUAUUUUCCAAGAAAGGCAUGAAGGGGAAUUCUGUUAGUGGAAUGAACUACUAUGCAUGUUUGUCUAUAUUAUCCCUGUUGCUACUUACCCCGUUCGCAAUUGCUGUCGAAGGACCACAGAUGUGGGCUGCAGGAUGGAAAACAGCUCUCUCUGAAAUUGGACCUAAUUUUGUGUGGUGGGUAGCAGCACAGAGUGUCUUCUAUCAUCUCUACAACCAAGUAUCUUACAUGUCGCUGGACGAAAUUUCUCCGUUGACGUUCAGCAUUGGCAACACGAUGAAACGUAUAUCGGUCAUAGUUUCUGCAAUAAUCAUCUUUCGCACGCCUGUCCAGCCCGUCAACGCUCUUGGAGCUGCAAUCGCAGUUCUUGGAACCUUCUUAUAUUCACAGGCAAAACAAUAAGAAGAAGAAGACUCGAGCAACUUAGAUUCACCGUGUAAUUAAUAAUUAUACUGGAAAGAGUUCGGAUCAAAGCAUCGAGAUUUUCUAUAUGGCAGCGAGAUAGAUUCUAGUUUACAAGUACAAAUAUCAGGUUUUGAUCUGAUAGACCAAUAGGUGGCUCCUAUGUGUAAUUGUUGAGAGAUGAAUAAGUGAUUUGAUUUGCUGUGACAUGAACAUGGUCAUACAUGAAUAAAAUGAGUUGGAAUUUCACCAAUGUUUGCGUUCUUACGAGAUCUACCAAAACUUCUAUUAUAGCUAAGGACACAGGCAUAUUGGAUUAUUUGAUAUCUCUUUUUCAA